UUCAGAAGAAAAUUAUAAAAUGUGUCAAAUUAAAUAUGCUUUCAUUACUGUGAUAUUAACACUGGGAGCUGAACCCGGAAAAGGUGGGACUAAAGAGCAGAAGAAGUAUAUACUGUAUGAUGUAAAUCCUGGAGAAGGUUUCAAUCUCAGGAGAGACGUUUUUAUGAGAAUGGCAAUAAUGGUGAGAAAACUGAACAUAGAGAAUCCAGACACUUCAUUUAUUCUAGUUCUGCCUCCUUGGGGACAUCUUUACCACUGGCAGACAAGGGAGUUGGGACCUCAGAAUAAAAUACUCUGGAGCAAAUUCUUCGAUGUUCAGAGCAUCAAUUAUUUUGUUCCUGUUAUAGAAUUUUCCGAUUUUCUGGUUAAAGAAGGAUACAGUAUCAACACAGUUUACUAUUUACAGGGAUAUAAAGGAGGUUGGACGGAUGGAAAAUAUGAGGAGAAGUACAAUAUUACAGACUGUUUGAACGAGAUGGUUUAUCAGAAAGACGUGAACGGACGUUAUACUGGAUUCUUCUGGGGUUACAGUAGUGUGAGGGCUGAUAAUUUUGAGUGUAUGUCCGUGCAAGGAGCAACCAGGGUCUUAAACAAGUUCCUCGUAGAGUCACCAGAACAGAGUAUUAUGCUUGAUAGAGCAGAAUCCCUACUCCAUGAUUUCUUCGGAGAUGAGAAUUACUGGGGAAUCAGAAGAGCCAUGAAAUUCUCUAAAACUCUUGUAAAGAUAGCAGAGGCAUUCAGAAUAGAUGAAUUGAACUCCGAUGAUGAAGAUGAUAAUUCAGUUGUCCCAGAUGACUGGAGAGAGCAGAGAACAGAGAGAGAGGAGCGCGGAGGACCCUAUCUUUGUGUUCAUCUCAGAAGAAGGGAUUAUGUACGUGCCCGGGAGGGACAGAUUCCUUCCAUAAGAGGAGCAGCUGAACAGUUGAGAAAGAAACUGGAAGAGCAAGGGUUGGACACCUUGUAUGUUUCUACUGAUGCACCCUACCAUGAGUUUGAACAACUUAGAGACUAUUUGACGGAUUUUAAUGUUGUCAAGUAUACACCAUCAGCUGAAGUUCUUAAAAAGUUCAAGGACGGAGGUGUUGCUAUACUUGAUCAAAUUAUCUGUUCUCAUGCAAAGUAUUUUGUUGGUUCAUACGAGUCCACUUUUUCAUUCAGAAUACAAGAAGAAAGGGAGAUCAUGGGAUUUCCAGUUAAGUCAACAUUUGACAUGCUCUGCCCUGAUGGGAAGGACAAAUGUGAGAAGGGUUCUCAGUGGAAGAUAGACUGGGGGAAACCAGGGAAGGAUUGGAGAAUAGAUUCAAGUACACCACAUGUUGAACUUUGAAAAGAAGAUAACAUGAAUAGUAAUGGGCCUACUAUUGACCCCUGUGUGCCCAACAGAAGUAAAUUGUAACACCUGAACCUGGAUGUAACUAUUCUGUCAAAUUAUCAAUGCAUUUUACAAAACAGUAUUCUCUUUACUUCUGUCUUCAUUCCUGAAAGUGAAUUGAAUUUGAAUAUUUACAGUUUAAAAAUACCCUACAUGAAUAAAUUACCUUAAGAAGCUGGUGAUUUGUUUGGUAAGAUUACCUUACCCUCAUCACCUUCUGGUGAUUGGUAGUGCCACAUUAGGUUAGCUUGUAAUACAUGUAAAAAUUUAGAUAGGUAAAAUAAAUUUCUUUUGACAACUA